AUGUUCGGCAGAUUUUUGCUCGCGGGCGCCAUUCUUCAGCUGGCACGGGCUGCGUGUGAAGAGGACAAAACCUCAACUGAUGGAAAGUGUAAAACAUGCGGGGUCACCAUCGGCCAAGACACUUGGUGCUCAGUUUGCAUAGGAGAAAACUAUGCGCCCAUCAACGGAACAUGCGCCGAUAUAACAACUGACUCUGUGGGCUCUGUCUUUUGCACCCAAAAGGCCGGCGGCGUUUGUACACAGUGUGCUGGGAACUCCUUUAUGUUUGCAGGCGGCUGCUAUUCCUCUUCGGAGGGUCUUCCCGGUUAUAACUUGUGCUUACGAUCUGCUGGCAAUGGCGUAUGCGCAGAGGCUGCCCCAGGGUACUUCAUUCCAGGCGAGACGGCUGCCACCAAGCCGUCGGUUAUAUCAUGCAGCGACAAAACUGGACUGCUUAUUACAGCACAUACUUAUAAGGGAGUGGAAUUUUGUGAAGAGUGCAGCGGCUCGGAGCUGACCAGUGGCCAAGAUGGAACCGCUAAGUGCACCAAGUGUGGAGCCAGCAAGUAUCUCAAGGAUAAUGCGUGCGUGGACAACGCCGAGGCGUGCGGGAAGGGAUACUUUGGUAAGCCAGAUGCAGCAGCGGGUAAUAAGUGCAUUGCUUGUACAGAUCAGUCCGACGGUGGCACGGCUGGGUGCGCCGAGUGCAUGUAUGACUCUAACACAAGGAAGGCCAUUUGCACAAAAUGCACCACCGAUUACCUCAGAAAGAAAGCAGAUGGCACCACAGAGUGUGUGGCGGCGAAUGAGUGCGACGAUACUCAGAAAGGCUUUUAUAAGGUGGUCGACUCCACAAAUGGAAAUAAGUGUGUAUCGUGUGCCGACGGAGCCGGGCUCGCUGUCGGGACCGAUGGGGCUUGGAAGGGUGUCGACGGAUGUGCCAAGUGUAUCAAGCCGGCAGAUAUAAACACACCCACAAAGUGCGACGAGUGCAAGCCGGGAUAUGAGAUAAGUACAGACAAAACAAAAUGCACAAGCACUGCACCACCGGACUGUCCAAUCGAGAAUUGCAAAGUGUGCUCCGAGGAUAAGAGAGCCUGCGAGGAGUGCAAUAGCAACAAUUAUCUUACCCCAACAAGAAUGUGCAUAGAUGACUGUAAAAAGAUUGGAAACUACUAUUAUACCAGCAAUGCUAACAAUAAGCUGAUCUGCAAGGAAUGUGCUGUGGCUAAUUGCAAGGAAUGCGAGAACACUGGGACUUGUAAGACGUGUGACGAUGGAUUUUACAAGAGUAGCGAAGAAUGCAAGGCAUGCGACUCCAACUGCAAAACAUGUAAUGGAGGAACUAGUGCCGAUUGUACCAAGUGUCUUAGCGGAGCGGUACUCAAAUAUGGGAAUGAUGGCACUAAAGGCACAUGCGGAGCUGGAUGCGCAACGGGCACAGGAGCAGGAGCAUGCAAGACGUGCGGCCUAAUUAUUGACGGGACGAGCUAUUGCUCAGAGUGUGCUGUCGAGACAGAAUACCCCCAGGGUGGCGUCUGUAGCUCAACAACUGUCCGUGCUGCAGCCACUUGUAAGGCUGGAAGCGUUGCCAAGGGUAUGUGUAAUUCAUGCACCAACGGAUUCCUUCGUAUGAAUGGAGGCUGUUAUGAGACAACCAAGUUCCCUGGAAAGAGCGUCUGUGAGGAAGCAGCAUCGGCUGGGGAUACCUGCCAAAAAGAGGCCCCAGGCUAUCAUCUUAAUAACAAUGACCUUGUGACUUGCUCGCCUGGAUGUAAGACGUGCACUAGUAACACUGUGUGUACUGCAUGCAUGGAGGGAUAUGUGAAAACUAGCGAUUCGUGCGCAAAGUGUGCCGCUGGUUGUGCUACAUGUACAGGGUCCACCACAGCUUGCGACACUUGCAGCACUGGGUACUACAAAUCUGGGACUACCUGUGUGUCUUGCACGGAAAGCAACAGUGAUAAGACUAUCACCGGCGUCGCCAACUGCGCUAGCUGCGCUCCUCCACUCAACAAUAAAGGGUCUGUCCUCUGCUACCUCAUAAAGGAUAGCGGUAGCACCAACAAAAGUGGUCUCAGCGCGGGCGCCAUCGCGGGCAUCUCCGUCGCAGUCAUCAUUGUUGUCGGCGGUCUUGUUGGGUUCCUCUGCUGGUGGUUUAUGUGCAGAGGAAAAGCGUAG